GCUAUCCAAAGUCCUUCAGAAAUUGUGCUAUAUGUCACCUUAGCAUGCGGACUUCUUAUUAUUUAAACGUUCUGUUCAGGACGCUAGUUGGAGGUCAUCACAUCUGCUGCAGAUCUCAAGCUAUGAAGGCUGCAGGAAAACAAUUACCAAAGGUUUAUGUGACUAGAAGAAUUCCCCCAGAUGGGAUCAAGAUUCUCCGACAAUCUGGCAGUUGUGAAAUUGAGCAGUGGGAUUCUGAUGAUCCAGUUCCACGCGCUGAACUUCUGAAGAAGGUUGCUGGAAUCCAGGGCCUUUAUUGCCUCUUAACAGAGAAGAUUGACAAGGAAUUGCUAGAUGCUGCAGGUCCCAGUCUUAAGGUAGUCAGCACAAUGUCUGUUGGGUAUGACCAUUUGUCACUGGAUGAAAUGAAAAAACGUGGCAUCAGAAUUGGAUUUACACCUGAUGUAUUAACAGAGGCUGUGGCUGAGCUCACAGUAGCAUUGUUGCUGGCAACAUCUCGACGACUUAUUGAGGCUGUGGAUGAAGCAAGAAGUGGAGGAUGGGGCACAUGGAAGCCUUUGUGGAUGUGUGGAAGUGGAUUGACUGGUAGUACUGUUGGAGUCCUGGGUUUGGGAAGGAUAGGUGAAGCCAUUAUUAACCGUAUGAAACCAUUUGGUAUCAAAAAGGUCCUGUACAAUGAUAUAGCACCAAGGCAUGAAUUAGCAACAAAGAUUUCGGCUGAAUUUGUGUCUUUACUGGAGCUGGCCAAACAGUCUGAUUUUCUUCUUGUCUGCUGUGCACUAACACCUGAUACACACGGCAUCUGCAACAAACAGUUAUUCUCCAACAUGAAAAGCAAUGCUGUAUUCAUCAAUACCAGCAGGGGCGCUGUGGUAAACCAGGAGGAUCUUUACCAAGCGCUGUUCACUAAACAGAUUGCAGCUGCUGGUCUUGAUGUUACAGUACCAGAACCCCUUCCUACAGAUCAUCCACUUUUCAAACUGAAGAAUUGUGUCAUUCUUCCUCACAUCGCCAGUGCCACUGUGGAAACCCGGAAUGCCAUGGCUGCACUUGCAGCAAAUAACCUUUUAGCGGGAUUGAAAGGUGAUGCAAUGCCCAAAGAAGUGCCACCUAGCUAGUAGUAACUGGAACAUUACCUCUACUAACCACAAAAUACACACAAAAAAACUGU